AUGUUUUAAUCAAGUCAUGAAUUAUUAAACCAAUAUAUUAAACAAUCACUUCAAGGACAGGAUAUUAAAAACAUUGAGUCAAUCUUUUAUUUUUUAGAAAAAAUAGAUAAUCUAGUAAUAUAAGAAUCAAUUAAAAAAAUUGGAAACUAAGAAGAAUUUGUUAGUCUAAAGGUGCUUUUUGAUCAUAAAAUAAUUUUAAUUACUUUUUUGCUUAUCAAGAACAAUAAUACUGAAGAAAUAUUUGAACUUAUUCCUUAUCUUAAUACUUUGAAUCUCUAAUAGAGCUAGGUAGUUAUUUCAAUUUUAGACGGUUCAUUAGGAAUAAUAAUUGAAGAAGGUAGUUUUAUUUCAUUAAAUUAAAUGAUUAGCAACAACCAAAUGAAUUAUGAAAAAAUUAAAUAAUUAGCUUAUGAUUUAGUAGAAUAAUUAGCUAUUUUACAUUAAUAAAAUAUAUGCUUAUUCAAUUUUUCUUUAAACGAUGUUUAUUUGAAUUUAGAAUCAAACAAGUUUUUAAUUAAAUUUAGUCUUGAUCUUUUAAGAGUUUAAUCUGAUUAAUUCAUAUUUAAUUAUUCACAAAAUGUUUACAUGGAUCCAAAUUUCCCUAUACCUGAACUAAUUUAAUUAGAUCUUUAAGCAAAAUAAUUUAAAAUCCUAAACCCCUUUUUGAUAGAUUCUUGGAACUUAGGAGUUUUAAUCCUAAACACUUUUAUGAAAAUAAAUUAAGAGACAUCUACUGACUUAAAGCAUUUAUUGGAAAAAUACUUCCUAAAUGUCUGUGGCAUUGAUUAUAUUCUUAUGAGUGGAAAUUAUUAUAAAAAUUAAAAUGACUUAUAGUUUCUCCUAUAGGAAAAUAAUAGAUGCUCAAUUUUGUAAUUCAUAAAAUUAAUCAAUUGCACCAAAUUGUUAAAAUUAUGUGAAACUAAUUUUGAUGGUUCUGAUGAAUUUUUAAAUUUGGCUAACUGUUGUGAAACUAUCAAGAAAUAAUAUUUGAAAGGUAAACUAUUAAAAAUAAAAUCUAUAAAUCAUCAUAUGAUUAACUUAGAAUACAUAGAAGAUUUAAAUUAAAAUUAGUUACCUAUUCAUAAUCAAAUCUAACUAACUCUCGGAUAAUUAAUAAUCAAUUCUUAAAUUGUAAGAGUCAUUCCUCAAAUUCAGAUAUUUCACAACACAAAUAAAUUUAUUCUGGAUUCACACUUAACCAAUGAAAAGUUAGUAUAGAUAAUCAUGAUAUUUCAAGAUUUAUAAAUAUAUUCUAUUGAUACAGAAUCUCUCCUUUUAUUUCUUUAAUUUCAAAAUAUUAACUUUAAAAAAAUUCUUAAGUUAUAAAAGCAAUUCUAAUUUGAAAUACAUAAUUUGAUAUUUUAUGAUAAUCCAAACAACCAAAAUUCAUUGGAUGAAUUACUUCAAUUUUUCAACAAUUUCAACCUAAAUCGACUUGAAAUUAAAUAAGAUUAAAAUCCAAUUAUUUAGAAUGAAUAAUUCGCCUAAAAUAUUUUCAAUAAAAUGCAUCUGGAUUAAAUUAGAGUUCUAAUUUUGAGUAAUACAUAUCUAACUGAUCAAACCUUAUAAAUCAUAUCAGCAUUUUCUUCAUUAUCAAACCUUAACCUAUCGAAGUGUUAGUGUUUAUCUACUCAAGGGCUUUGCUCAUUUUUUAAAUAGUCUUAAUUUUGUAAUCUAGUUACAUUAGAUAUAAGUAAAACAAAAUCUGAUGAAACGGUUUUUGAUGCAGUUUGGAAAAACAAAUCUUAUAUUGCCUUAACUAGUUUUAAUAUUAGCGAUUGUUCUUUCAUUAAUUUGACUUUGAUAACACAAACUAUUGCCUAAAUCAAUGCUAAAUAGGAAAAGGUGUAAGAAUUAUAUAUGUCAGGUUGUGAUUUAAACAACUCUGUAUUAACAGCUUUACAACAAGUAACCUUCUUAAAUUGUUUAGACCUAUCAAAUAAUCCCAAGCUAAAUUAAUUUCAUAGUCUAAAAAGAGAUAACAAAUAUAAUUAUUUAAAUUUAGAAUACUGCGAAAUGAAAUCAUAAGAUAUUAUCUAUAUUCUGAAUCUAGAGUGUUUAAUUAAAUCAAAAUUAUUAAUGUCUACUCGUUAGAGUACUUCCAUUUACAAUAUAUAAAUCAAUUAGCGGUCUAUUUCACUAACAAACUUUUAGGUUAAAAACAUUCAAAUAGAUUAAGAUGUUUCUGAAAUCAAAUUUAUGAAUGUAGUCCUAGGCUAGAAAAGAGUAUUUCUCUCAUAAGAAUUCAAUAAGUUAAACAUAUUACAAUUACAAAAUUGUUAAAUUGAUGAUAAAGAUGUCAGUAUUUUAAGUUAAAAUUUAUCUUUAAAUUAGUUAUAGGAAUUAAAUCUGAGUUAGAAUAAUCUAAGUGAUAGCUCAUUGAUUACAAUUUUAUCUACAUUUAAAUAGCUGAUCAAUCUUGGAUUUGAUAAUUCUAAAAUCACGAAGACUUCAAUUUAAUACAUAAUUGCUUCUAAUUUGAAAAUUCUAAGCAUUAGAUUUUGUCUUAUGCUAUAGGCAGAAGAUAUAUUGAGUUUAUUGACUAAUUUAGAUAAUCAGAUAGAACACCUUAAUCUAAGUUACAAUAAAAUCAAUAGUACUUUAAAACAAUAUCUAUAAAAUGAAAAAUUAAAUUUUACAAUAAUAUUUGAUUAAAGUGAUAGUGAACAUGAAUAAAUAGAAUAGGAUAUUCAAUCAUUCAAUAAUUGA